UAAGCCAUGAUAGUAAUCGUAGAGUAGAAUGCACCUACAGUAUAACAUCCCUUUGCCCAUUCCGACGCCGCUUUGAGUCUUGAGCUCACUGGUCAAACAGUCCCCAUCUUAUUCUUAACCAACGAGCUCAAAUCCUCAUCACAAUUCACAACCCAAUAAUGGAAUCUCCCUCCAGAACCACCACCACCACGACCCCUCUCCUCCACCAAAACCGGUGGUGGCACCGUCACCUCCAUCUCAAAACCACCAUUUCCUCUGAACUUUCCGGAGCGGUGGGUGAUUUAGGUACCUUUAUCCCCAUAGUUCUAACCCUCACUCUUGUUUCCCACUUAGACCUAUCCACCACUCUUAUCUUCACCUCGCUUUACAACAUUUCCACUGGCCUUCUCUUCGGUAUUCCCAUGCCCGUCCAGCCCAUGAAGUCCAUCGCCGCGGUUGCUGUCUCCGAGCUUCCCCACCUCACCACCGCACAGAUCGCCACCGCUGGCGCCACCACUGCUGCCACCCUUCUUAUUCUCGGUGCCACCGGACUCAUGUCCUUCUUCUACAAAUUCAUUCCUCUACCUGUUGUUCGUGGCGUCCAGCUCUCUCAGGGUCUUUCUUUCGCUUUCUCCGCUAUCAAAUACAUUCGUUACAAUCAGGAUUUUAUCACUUCAAAAUCUACUUCUCCUCGUUCUUGGCUUGGUCUUGACGGUUUAGUUCUUGCUAUUUCAGCUCUUCUUUUUCUCAUAUUCACUACUGGCUCAGGUGCUGAUCACCCCAGUAUGAGUGAUGAUGAUCAGUCCUUGACUCGCUCUUCCCAGAGGCGAGUCAACAGGAGAUUGCGGAUUUUAUCAGCAAUACCUGCUGCUCUGAUUGUGUUCUUAUUUGGGUUGGUGUUAUGUUUCAUCCGCGAUCCUUCUAUUAUUAAAGAUCUUAAAUUUGGCCCAUCAAGAAUCCAGGUAUUGAAGAUGACAUGGGAAGAUUGGAAAAUUGGAUUCUUGAGAGGUGCGAUCCCACAAAUCCCAUUAUCCGUAUUGAAUUCUGUAAUAGCAGUGUGCAAAUUAUCAACUGAUUUGUUUCCAGACAGAGAAUUAUCAGCAACAAAAGUGUCUAUUAGUGUUGGAUUGAUGAAUUUAGUGGGUUGCUGGUUUGGUGCUAUGCCAGUUUGUCAUGGGGCAGGUGGGUUGGCAGGGCAGUAUAGAUUUGGCGCAAGAAGUGGUGCAUCAGUUGUUUUCCUUGGGAUUGGGAAGUUAGUGAUUGGAUUGGUUUUUGGGAAUUCUUUUAUAAGGAUUCUGAAUCAAUUCCCAAUUGGGAUUCUUGGAGUUCUAUUGUUAUUUGCUGGGAUAGAAUUGGCUAUGGCAUCUAAAGAUAUGAACACUAAAGAAGAAUCGUUUGUUAUGCUGGUUUGUGCUGCUGUUUCUAUGACAGGGUCUAGUGCUGCAUUGGGUUUUGGGUGUGGAAUUUUGCUUUAUUUGUUGCUGAAAUUAAGAAGCAUGGACUGCUCUUAUUUUAGAUUUACUAAUUUUUGCUCUAAAUCCUCUGAUGAUGACCAAUCUAUUCUCAUUCCUUAAUGAUUUGGUACUUAAGAUCAACAGCCAGCCUGCGUCGACUGAGCCAUAGCAUUUAUCUGUCAUUAAAGUGCAGCUUCUCUCUAGUCUCCAGUCAAUUUUAUAAGUAAAUUCUGGCCUUUCUGUAUAAAAUUUAGGCCUAUCAUCCUUAAUAUAUUCUGUCAUUUUAUUCUUACAAUAUUUAAUACACAGUGUAAUUAUGUCUUAAUUGUCUCAUUGUUAAAGUUGGUACAUCAGAAAGUAGAUGAAUUAUUUAUCUGA